UACCCGUCUUAAGAAUGUCACGUGCUGUACACAAUAGUUGCGCUAGUGAUGCAUUAACUCGUCUCAUUUUACGUUCCAGCGACGUCACAAAGGAGACGCUAUUGAGGACUGGACGGUGUUACCCGUUUUACUCAUGCACGCGCUGGAAGAAAUGAAUUGUAAUAUCGAUAACAGUGCAUAAGUUAAUAUUCAUUAGCCUUAAGAAUGCAAAUAAUAAUCUUCGUAUGUGCUUACAUGCAAGAGUACUGAUAUUCUGCUAUGGGCGGAGCAAGUCGUAACUUUUAACGCGUCGUAAAAGAUCAGCAAUGUCUAAGGGCACAUCAAUCAAAGAAGCCAUUAAGCAGUGGGAGGAGAAGACGGGACAGAAAGCGACAGAAGCAACUGAGGUAAAAUUGAUCGGUUUGUUUCCUUCCAUAGAGAAGAUGGAUGCAGCACUCAACCAGUUGUCUCUUUGUCAGAAAUUAUGCCUGUCAACAAACGCUAUCGAGAAGAUAACGAAUUUGAAUGCUCUGAAGAGCCUAAGAAUACUAUCUCUCGGCAGAAAUAACAUCAAAAGCUUUGCUGGCUUGGAGGCCGUGGCCGAGACGCUUGAGCAGUUGUGGAUCUCUUACAACAACAUUGAGAGGAUGAAAGGCAUCAACGUCUUGCGAAAACUGUCUGUACUCUACAUGUCAAACAACGUGGUCAAAGAGUGGUCAGAGUUCACCAAACUGAAUGACCUACCCAAUCUGGUUGACCUUGUCUUUGUCGGAAACCCGCUGGAAGAGAAGUACGCAUUGGAGGGCACCUGGCGAGACGAGGCGGUUAAACGUCUCCCGAACGUGAAGCGCCUGGACGGGGCGCCAGUGAUACACAACUGAUGGUAUCGAGCCGGGCCCGCUGGCCGCUGUGUCUCCACCGUUCGUGACACACUGAUCUCGGCGCGGUCGUAAGUGUGUGUGGCAAGCACUUUUCUGAAUGAGUGCGUUCAUUGAUUACCGCUUAAGUUAUGGAUGCAGUCACGAGGCCUCGCAAGCGAUCAUUUUACCAUAAGUGUUUUGCAUGCUUGUAAUCAUGCAUGCUUGUAACGGAUGUAUGCUUCCGUGUGUGUGACAUAGAGUAAGGUUUGGUACCUAUGCAGAAUGGGCCGUGUAUCUUGUACUGCACAUUAUGUUUGAAAUACACCACUCUUCGACUUACCUGCUAGCAGGUUUGUGAAAAAAUUAUGUAUUUUUGCCGUACAUAAAUAUAUGUAUGCCAAAUCUCGCAAAACGUUAAAGACAACUGAAUUUAAGGCAUCGGAAUUUUUGGCGCCAUUAAAAUAAUACCGCGAUGACAUCACCUCAAAGGCAUUUCCACUAGCUAUUAGCCACCACGCGCAAGUUCUUGGCGUGAUGUCAUAUCUGAACCCAUGUGAUUAUCUGGGGCACUAAAUGGGGAUAUUCCAUGACAAAUCGCUUAGAGAGUUACGCCCUCAUGUCUCCCCUCAACUUUAUUUUCA